AUGAAUAAAGGGAACACUUUAGAUUCUAUCCCUACUGAUCUUAUACUCGAGAUAUUCUCGAGAUUGUCUGCAAAGUCAGUUGGGAGGCUUCGUUGCCUGUCCAAGCUAUGGAGAAAAGGUGAGUGGUUCUUCUUCUCGUCGCUUCAGCCUCAAAAUCUUUAUGAGAAGCCGUUUCUUGUAGUAGCCGCAGAUUUUCAUAUGAAGUUCUCUGAAGACAUGAGCCAUGACAUUUAUAGCUAUGCUUCUGGUUUGAUCUAUUUUCCUAAAAUGUUGAUCGAAAACGAGAAAUCGGGUGCAAUACGUGUGAUAUGUAACCCUAUCACGGGUCAGUAUGCGAUCUUACCUAAACUGAUUACGCUACAAGCGGCGAGAAGUUUUUUAGGGUUUGAUCCGAUUGACAAUCAAUUCAAGGUAUUGCUCGUGAACAACGAUAUAGUUAAUAAUGACAUGGAUAUUCUAACAUUGGGAAUUGGAGAAUUGAUGUCAGAGAAAUUGAAAUUUAUUGAGGCAAAAUGCUUUUUUGCAUUAGAUGAUGUACAAUUGAUAAACUAUAAGGGUAAAUUAGGUGGGAUUAGUUGGAAUAAUCAUGAGGUUGCUCCCGUUGAGUUGUCUAUGUGGGUUCUAGAAGAUGUCGAGAAACAAGAAUGGUCCAAAAAUGUCUACAUUUUGCCUAAGAAUGUAGUCCCUAAUAACUGGUUGCACGCUGCUGGAGUGACUGUUGAAGGUGAUAUUGUUUUCUCGGAGGCUGUAGUAUCCAAUCCGUUUGAUGUUUUCUACUUUAAUCCCGAAAAGAACACUCUCCAACACGUUGAAACCCAUUGUAACCAUGAAGUGUUUGACGAUGAGAAUCUAGUUAACAUCUUUGUAGACCAUGUAGAGGAUCUUAAGUUUGAUGUUAUGAAGCCAACAUAUGCUGCAACAUCUAUACGCCCAACAGAACAGAAGCAUAAACCCACGAGCACAGAAACAUCGAUGUCUAGAAAAGAUCAUCAAGUGAGGACCAUUGAUCAACCGCAACAAGAUCGUUGUACGUUUGAGAGCAUUAAUAACAAAUUUGAUGUUAUGUGUCUUUUAGAUGAUGACUAA